AGGAAACAGCACGGUGUCAGAGAGGGGCCGGGAACAAGGGCAGGAGCCAGGACUUCCCAUCCCAAGACAUAAAGCCAAUAGCUACGGGCAGUGCAGGGUGAGGAGGGAAGCUUUGUAUCGCUGCUAAUGGGAGUUCCCAGCUGUUAGGCCACGCCCUCUUUGUCUCACAGGAUUAGAGAUCAGGCAAAGAGUCCACAGCAGCCCUUGGUGGGAGCAGAUAACCUGAGUGGGAGAAGAAACGUGAACAGCAUGGCUACUAAACGUGUCGUAAUGACUGGGCCUUCACCUUGGGGAUUUCGGCUGGUUGGAGGGAAAGAUUUCGAACAGCCCUUAACUAUUUCAAGGGUAAUGCCAGGAAGCAAAGCUGCAGUUGCGGAUCUGUGUAUCGGAGAUGUAGUCAUUGCUAUUGAUGGGGAAAACACAGAUCGAAUGACUCAUUUAGAAGCACAGAAUAAAAUUAAGGGCUGUGAAGAUGAAUUAAUUCUCACAAUAAACAGGGCUGAAUCGAAAAUAUGGUCUCCUCUUGCCUCUGAAGAUGGAAAACCAAAUCCAUAUAAGAUGAACUUAGCAAGUAACCCACAGAGACCAGUGCAAUUUCAGCGUGCUUUCAGCAUGACUUACCAGCCACUAAAAUCUCCGACAGGUUCCAUCAGUCCCUUGUCUCCUUCUGCCAUGUUUAAAGCUCCUCUUUCUUCAGUCUAUAACCCUCUCCAGUCACGUAGCACCUCAACCUCUUUGCAAAGGAGGCACAGUACCUCCUCCAUCCCAAGCCAAGUGCGUGUGCUUCCCGAAGGACUCAAACAAGCAGCUCAGAUCUGUCCCAGCAGCCCAGUGGAGGUUGAUGUUCCUGGUCUCAAAGUCAUGCACGUCCAGUUUAACUCCCCCUUACAGCUCUAUUCACAGGAAAACAUUAUGGAUACUCUGCAUGGGCAGAUAUCAUCCUUUAACCCAUCUUAUACCAGUUCAGAACAAACACAGCCAGCACAUACCCGACACAUUGAUAAAGACUCGGAAGUUUACAAGAUGCUGCAAGAGAAUCAGGAAUCAGAGGAAGCCCCUAGGCAGUCGACUUCUUUCUUGGUCCUGCAGGAAAUCUUGGAAUCUGACGAAACAGAUUUUGAGGGCAGAGAAUGUUUAUUUACAGGUUCUAUGGACAGACCAUAUAUAGACGCAGGGGAAAAACCAUCUGGGUUCCGAAGCGUAAGAGCACCCGCCACUAAAGUCGCAGCCUCUGUGGGAAGUGGACAAAAACUGCCAAUUUGUGAUCACUGUGGCUCAGGCAUUGUGGGAGCAUUUGUGAAGAUUCGGGACAAACCUCGUCACCCUGAAUGCUACGCUUGCACUGACUGCGGGAUGAAUCUCAAGCAGAAAGGCCACUUCUUUGUAGAAGACAAGAUGUACUGUGAAAAGCACGCACGGGAGCGCAUGACACCUCCUGAGGGAUACGACGUGGUCACCGUGUUCCCCAAAUAACCGCAGCGCUGGCUCCACAACAUUCUACUGCGCCUUUUAGAACAGAGCAGAGCUUCCAUUUGCUGAGACUUCAAUGUCCUUUUAGGAGACUUUUCUACACAACAAUCAUUUCAAUGUAACUGCCAUCAUGUGUGUUUGUCUUUUUGCUUUAGUUGUUUAUACAAUACAGAAGACUUCUAUAA